AUGCCAACCCUCACCCCCCUCUCCCACCCUUCCAAGCUCGGCGCCAUCCUAACAGACAUCUGCCUCGAAAACCUCACCCCGAAACACUUCGCCCUCAUCUCCUCAGCCCUCCACAACCACCUCGUCCUCAUAAUCAAGAACCAGUCGCGUCUCUCCCCGAAAGCCCAAUACGAGCUAACCAAGCGCUUCGACCCCGCCGCCACCUCCUACGGCCACGGCAAGACCAUCGAUGCGAAGCGCUCAAUCCUCCACCCGGAUCUGAAGACCAUCCCGCAUCAGCCCCAGGUGCAGGUUAUCGGGCACGGGCACAUAGACUCGUACGAGGGGCUGGAGAACUUUACGCUUAAGCACCCGCAUCAUCGCACGUUCCAUCAGACGCAUGUUCCGGACCACGAAGAUAAAGCCGUGACACGGUUCUACAGGUGGCAUAUCGACGCGGCGCUGUACGAGCUGCAUCCGCCCAAGGUGACCAGCCUGCUGGCGGUUAGGGUGCCAAAAGGGAGGACACAGACGCUGCGGUAUGAUGACGGGUCAGGCGAGGAGAUGGAGGUCCCCCUGGGCACAACGGCAUUUGUGAGCGGGGAGCUUAUGUAUGAGCGGUUGUCCCCGCAGGAGAAGGAGUUUGUCUGUGGGAGUCGGGUGGAAUAUGCCCCUCAUCCGUAUGUCUGGAUGUCGCGCGCGCGAUCCCGGCCCACGGGUUUGGGUCUGGUUUCCGAGAACCACGAGCUACCGCUGGAUGAGCUGCCUCCGGUAGAGGAGGAUAAGAUCCAGAUUCUGCCGAUGGUGUGGCAGAACCCCGUGACGGGGCGGCCGGCGCUGCAGAUCCACCCGUCGGCUGUGCGGAAGAUCCAUCUGAAGGAUGGGACGGUGAUUGAUGACUUGGAAAAGGUGCGGGAGAUUGUGUAUAACCUGCAGCGGCCGGCGAUUAGCCCGCAGUAUGUCUAUGCGCAUGACUGGGAGGAGGGCGAUCUGGUCUUGUUUCAUAAUCGGGGAGUGCUGCAUUCUGUUGUUGGGGCGUUUGGCGAUGAUGAGGUGCGGUUGUUUCGGCAGUGUAAUCUGGCAGCGUCGGAGGGGCCGUUGGAGUAUCGGCCUUAG